AUGCCAUCCUCAUAUGUAUCCCUCAAAUCGUUAAACGAUGAAGACAUUUCUUCACCUAGCAUCUCUUCACAACUUUCAAGAGACUCAGAGGACUCACUGCGAGCUUUAGAGAUAUCCGAAGGUCUUCCUCUGGCAGAGCCAUCACAUCACAGUCGAAAUCGAUCCUAUUCGGUGUCCGGCUUCGACUUUCAACAUGACUUACUUCCCCUGAGUAGCAGCUUGGCAGAUGACACCAUAUUGAAGGGAGAGUCUGGGCAAGAGAAAAGCAUAGGCCUUUGGAACGGUGUUGCCCUGAUUGUGGGCCUACAAAUAGGUUCAGGAAUAUUCUCUUCGCCGGGUAUAGUUGUAUCGAAUACGAAAAGUGUUGGUGCAAGUUUGACUGUUUGGUUGGUUUCCGGAUUACUCGCUUGGACUGGUGCCAGCAGCUUCGCUGAACUGGGUUCUGCAAUACCCCAAAACGGAGGCGCUCAGGCAUAUCUAUCUUAUGCAUAUGGCCCUUUAAUCUCGUAUCUGUUUGCCUGGACAGCAAUUAUAGCCCUCAAACCAGGUUCAAACGCUGUCAUCAGCCUCAUAUUUGCGGAAUACAUGAAUCGCAUAUUCUGGCAUAGCGGUCAAACAGACGUUUCACCAGACGACAUACCACAAUGGGCCAUCAAACUUACUGCAGUGGUCGCGAUCCUCAUCGUCACUUUGACAUGCGUGUGGACAAGAAAGUUGGGCGCUCGCGUAGCUGUCGUUUUCACCUCGGUCAAAGUAGCUGCUCUAAUAUCUAUUACGAUAUUAGGUAUCAUUCAGCUAGCUCGCGGGAAGGCAACUGACUCGCUUCGCCAGUCGUGGUUCGAUGGGUCGAGCAAGAGCCCGUCAGCAUAUUCAUUGGCUCUGUAUUCUGGUCUUUGGGCGUUCGACGGGUGGGAUCAAGCCAAUUAUGUUGGUGGCGAAAUCAAGAACGCUGAGAAAAAUAUACCCCGUGCGAUACAUUCUAGCAUGGCGAUUGUCACCUUUCUCUUUCUGCUUGCAAACAUCUCAUACUUCGUGGUCUUGGAUAAGGCCUUAGUUGGAUUAAGCAAUACAGUUGCGAUGGAUUUCGGUCGAGUUCUUUUUGGGUCAGUUGGUGGCAAUGUUUUCGCUUUUAUGGUUGCAUUCUCAUGUUUCGGAGCGCUGAAUGGGUCUUUCUUCACGUCGUCACGUCUGGUUUAUGCUGCAGGUCGUGAACGGUACCUCCCCGAAUUAUUUGGCCGCCUUCAUAAAACCCGAAAGACCCCUUUCAAUGCUACGCUGUUGCAAGCAACAAUCACGACCAUAUUCAUCCUAAUCGGAGGAGGUUUUCGGUCACUCAUCAACUUUUCGGUUGUAGCGUCGUGGGCAUUCUAUUUCCUUACAGUCCUAGGUUUAGUCAUUCUUCGUGUGAAAGAGCCUUCUUUAGAAAGGCCCUACAAGACUUGGAUCAUUACUCCGCUGACGUUUUGCGCGGUUGCAUUAUUUCUGCUUUUCAUGCCCAUCAUCGCUGCCCCACUAGAAGCCAUGGCAGUGCUUGGGUUCGUUUUGGCAGGUAUACCAUUCUACUACAUCACCCGUCGUAAUCAGGACGAAGCGCCAAGGAUGAUAUCAUGGUUCGCAUCUCGUAUCUCGAGGCUACGUGGGCGACCGUCUGGUGAAGGAUGGGAGGCUGUGGCCACUGAAGGCGACGAUAUGGAAAUGACACAACGAGCGGGUUCGUUGCGUAGAUGA